CGGUACCGUAUGAUUGCUAUUACAGUAUUUCACAGAACCAAUUUUGCGAAAGAUCUUGCGUUGCGCAGGGUUCCGACUCUGCCGCCAGUCCAUCCCAGCCCAGGCAAGCCCGAACCUUUCAUUGGCAUCUCCAUUCGUUCGUUCGAUCGAUCAUCCUAUCUUUUCAAGCCUCCAUUCGCACCGUUUCUCGUCUCUUGAAAUCAGAAGAAAACGAUGCCCACCGACCGAGGCGAUGCCAACGAAAAAGCCUCCGACGCGAACUCCAUGGAUCCAAACAAAAAGACAACCAGUGCAGACGACCACAAGAAUGACGUAGUCCAACCCCUCCCAACGGGAAUGCCACCGUGGCAUUCCAUGACCUUCCUCGCGACCAUGCUGUCCGUGACGAUUCCGUUCCUGCCUUCAUCCGAAGAACUGGAUGACCUGUCGACCGUGGAAACGUGGACGCACCGGGUCUAUCCCGGCCUCGUGUCCCUCAAGGGACUCGCGUUGAUUCGCCUGGGGACGGCAUUCGUUGCCCUCGGGCUCACGUUUUACCUUGCAUGCAUCAACGAGGGGUGGGACGUCCACCCGAACUACAAGCCCCAUACCAAGCUGCGAAGAGACGUCUGUGUGCGCCUCCAGGGAAUCGGCACCCUUUGUCCCUUUACGUCGUGGUGCUGGACGAUGUUCGGUGUCGGCUUCCUAACCCGGGGGCUGGUGGCCCUGGCGGCCUGCCUGGUGGAAGAAGGGGGAGACGUUCUCGGGUUUGCGCCGGACGAGGCCCAGAGGGCCCUGCUGGAGAAACACGUCCUGCAAAACAGGGCGCUGCUGCGGACCACAAUGGUCCUGUGGGAAAUGUCGGCCCCCCUGGCCAUGCUCGUGUCCUGCGUCGUCAAGUACAGCAUUUGGCCACAGGUCGUGAAGGGCGGGAAGCCCCACAACCUGGCCGGGAUCAGAAACCAGCUCCAGCACAACUGCAAUUCCAUUUUUUCGCUCCUGGAGGUAACGGUGUUGGGCGGCAUCCCCGUUGUCUUUUCCCACCUGUCCAUGGCAACCUUCAUGGGGGUGGUAUACAUUUUGUUCACAUGGACUAUGGCUACGGCAUACUUUGGGGACUCCCACGAUAAGGGACCCCAAUACAUCUAUUGGUUCAUGGACCCGACGCUCGGAAACGCUAGCACCGCGGCCCUGGCUGUUCUGGCUUUUGUGAUGACCUUCUUUUAUGCGCUCUUUGCCGUGCUGACCGGAGCAUUCCUCGAUGCGACCAAUCCCGGCAUUGUGGCGAACACAUUAGUCCUCCUUCUGGGGAGCCUCGCCGUGUGCCGGUUCCGGGAUUGAGAACACACACAAAUGCCACACAACGCCAUGCAUUGCAAUGCAAUAGAAGAUCUUCCGACGACUUGUCAGUUCUAAAAUCGUUUGCCAACCCCAUCCCAUUGUGCAAAAAAGCGGCAAACAAAAGAAAGCAAAAGAAGCACAGUAUGGAGUGUCACAAUACUACAGAACAAAGCAAAAGAGUGGCACAGUAAAACAACGUGGCGUAGUGCGUGAUGGUUCACAUCGAGUUGAGGUAUUUCGUGCCGAUUACCCUCGAAGGCCUGUGUAUAACGUUCUGGCAUUCGGCUUAUAUUAUCAUCAUCAUUUACAUUUAAAUAUGUUCUAUUCGUAUUAAGUUUGAGUUUUGAAAACGCGAUGGACGUUGCACUCUGGAACGAUUUUAGUUCGCUUUCGAAAGUUGAACAUCGUGCUCGUGAAAAGACAUACAGAGUUCUAACAGAGGCAACAUCAGAACUUCAACUGUGUGCAUUGAGAUCAUAUUGACCUGUGCAGAGGUUGAAAAUUGUUUUUCUCUCAAUCACCAUAGACCUUUCGAGGUAGAUAUAGAAUAUGCAACUUAGGUACGUAGCUAUAGCCGAAAGCCCCCAUUUCUCUAUGAGGUAGCAAUGAAAGGCCGAUAAAGUCAUCAGGACAAG